AUGGCAAACACGAGCGAGCUUUCCAAGGAGAGGCUCUUCGACGUUGAGGGCAGGACUGCCCUUAUCACCGGAGGCGGCUCCGGAAUCGGCCUGAUGAUAGCUCAAGCUCUAGCGAACGGAGCGAAAGUGUACAUCUGCGGUCGCUCCAAAGACAAGUUGGAUCGCACGUCCCAAACGCACGGCAAAGACGCGAAAGGCGAAAUCAUACCUCUACAGGCUGACAUCACCACAAAAAAAGACAUCGCCUCUCUUUACGACGAAAUGAAGUCGCGGGAAGAGCACAUUGGCAUCCUCGUCAACAACGGCGGCAUCAGCGGAGAGACAUUUCCCGUGACGGAGAACAAGACCGCUGAAGACUGGAAGAAGGCACUCGUCGACAACGAAAAGGCAACUUUCGACGACUGGGUCGACGUCUACCGCACCAACGUGGCAGCAACAUACUUCACCACCAUUGCGAUGCUGCCGCUGCUCCAGGCCAGCACGGAACGCAACCCCGGCUGGUCGGCCACCGUCAUCAAUGUCACCUCCAUUUCGGGGCAAGUGAAGACAUCGCAGCAUCAUUUCAGCUACAACGCCUCCAAGGCCGCAGCGGCUCACCUCACACGAAUGCUGGCUUCCGAUAUUGCGGCGACUGGACUCAAGAUUCGGGUCAACGCGAUCGCACCAGGCGUGUUUCCCAGCGAGAUGACUACCAAUGGGAAGAAGGAAAAGUUUGAAGGCAAGGUACCAGCCGACCGUCCUGGAAAGGACGAAGACAUGGCCACGGCCGCCUUGUUCGCUUCAGUCAACCAGUACCUGAACGGACAGACCAUUACUGUCGAUGGAGGAUACACUCUUGCAGCGGGCUUGUAA